AUGCCACGAGACUCGGUCGACAAACCGGCUCACAUUGAAGACAAGCUUUUCAUCAACGGGGAGUUCGUGCCUUCGAUCUCAGGGAAAAAGUUCGAGAUCCUAGACCCCACCACUGACGAGGUCGCGGCGAGCGUCUACGAAGCCGGCGUGGAAGAUGUUGAUCGUGCUGUAGAAGCCGCGGAGAAUGCCUUCCCGGCAUGGUCAGAGCUACCGGCAUCAGAGCGUGCGGCUUAUAUGCUGAAGCUUGCGGAUGCUUUGGAGGAUGUGGUUCCAGAGAUCGGCUAUAUGGAUGCUGUAACGAUGGGCAAGCCAUAUGUUGGGAGUCCUGUCACGCACCACUCGAUUCAGAAUCUGCGCUAUCUCGCAGGCCAGGCUCGAGACGUCUUCGGCGAAACCUCACUCUCCACGCCCGGCAAACUGGCGCUCUCCCUUCGUCAACCGUUUGGCGUGUGCGCUGCCAUCAUCCCCUGGAACGGUCCCCUCAUGAUGCUCAUCAACAAAGUCGGGGCCGCACUGGUUGCGGGGAACACGCUGGUGCUCAAGUCAUCCGAGAAGGCCCCCUUCACGGCAUUGAUCGUAGCUAGGCUGUGCAAGCAAAUCGGCCUCCCGCCAGGGGUACUGAACAUCCUCAGCGGGUACGGCACCUCUUGUGGCGAGGCUCUGGCGAAGCACAUGCGCGUUCGUAGGAUCUCCUUCACUGGCUCGGUGGCGACUGGGAAAUUGAUCCAGAAGGCCUCGGCGGAAUCGAAUCUGAAAAAAGUUGCCCUCGAGUUGGGUGGAAAGAAUCCGAUGCUCGUGUUCGACGAUGCAGACGUGACCCUGGCCGCGCGAGGUGCGACAAUGGCCACGCUGAUCAACACGGGACAGGGAUGUAUCUUGACGACGCGCAUCUACGUGCAUUCGAAGAUCGUAGAUGGUUUCGUGGAAGAGCUCAAGAAAGGCGUUGCGGCUGCCGGCGAGCCUGGCGAUCCGCUGGUGCCAGGGACUCGGCGUGGGCCCCAAGCAGAUCAAACCCAGCUGCGUCGCGUCGUGGGUCUGAUCGAAGAUGGACGCAGGAACAACUACGACAUAGCCCUGGGCGGCAAGGGUCGCAUUGGCGACAAGGGGUGCUACGUCGAACCCACCAUCUUCGUCAACGUGCCCGAGGACGCCAAGGUCAUGCGCGAAGAAGUCUUCGGGCCUGUCGUCUGUGUGACCACUUUCACCGACGAGGCGGAUGUCAUCCGUCGAGCGAACGACACCGAGUUCGGCUUGUACGCGAGCGUCUUCACCAAAGACCUCAGCCGGGCAGUCCGCGUGGCCAAGGCCUUCGAGGCGGGUCUCGUCGGGGUCAAUUGUACGAGCCCCGCCGGUCUGAGUGAGGAUCUGGCCUUUGGGGGUUGGAAGCAGAGUGGAUCGGGACGGGAGAAUGGACGGCGCGCGGUGGAAGCGUGGACGGAGGAGAAGAGUAUUAUGAUUAGUUUGUGA